CUCAACCUUCAGCCUGCUCGACAAGCAAGCAGACUUUACUCUACAACUGCCCUUCAUAGACCUUCCAUGGACCUCCUACAACACAUUGUAUUGUUGCGCAUACGUCCCACGGGCCUAGGGAACACCGGUUCCUGCCAAUCGCCUGGCUUUGUGCCCUGAUCCCCGCACCAGAUCCUUCAGGCCCUGAAAAGCAACCGGGCCUUUAUCGAUCCAUCAGAUAGGUCUGGUACAACAUGACUGGCUUCCUGGACCUGCCUCUCGAACUCAGAAACUAUGUGUACGACAUGCUCCUCCACGAGGAUCUUAAGCCGUCUUUUCGCGGGGUGAUGGUGGUGUGCGAAGCCUACGUCAAGCGCGAUUUACCUUUGAAAUCGUACCGCGGCCUCCUCCUUGUAUGCCACCAACUGUAUCAGGAAUUCAAGACAGCGAUUCAACAUUUUGCUGCCUCCAAACAGCUCAUCUACGAACUGGACAUUACUUUCUCUCACGGCCGUCCGUAUUUCUCAUUGACAUGGAAGCGCUUCCUCGCGCUCUCGCCAAUCAUCAACCACCUUCUGAUCAAUGUGGACUUGCGCAUCCAGGAGCCAUUGGGCGCUUCCGAGCACAUCCCGCAUGACCAGGAGCUAGCAAAUCUCAUAGAAGAUCGACCCAAAUCUUUCGCCGUACAGCUGUUCGACUACAUAGCCAUCCUUUUGAAGUCGCUGUUCGACCUGCUUCUCUCAGGGAACCCGAAUGCAUCCAUCCUUUACACGGAGUCUAUGACUCUGAACUUGCACACGCCGACGCGCUUAACACUUUCUGGAGGAAGUCAUCACAAUCCGCAUGGAUGCUCCCGCAGGAUUCCGGUGGACAAGGAUGAAGCUGCUAAGCUAUGGGAGACGAUGCGCAAUACGCUGCAAGCAACGAGUAAAGACUUCCAGGCAUUCGAAGCGAGGAAAUGUGAGGAUCUAUUUCCGCGAAUCCAAAUCGGGUGUUUGCGGUUUGCAACCGAGGGUCGCGUCUGGGGUGAAGGGCAUAACUUGAUCCUUGCCGAAAGGGACUUUAUGUGGCUGAAAUAUUAAGACGCAUUAGCGGUAUACGAUGAAUGAAGAUGACGACAAACACGGCCGAUGAACAUAAGCGUUGACAGCAUUUAUGGCGUUUGGAUAUUUGGCGUAGCAUAGCGCAGCACACAUAACGAUACUUUGGAUCGAUCUAGCUAUUAGCACAAAGCAAGAGAUCUUGUGGGGUCAAGAAUUGAAAGACAAUGUGAUUACAGCAAACGAGAAUCACUUGUACAAGCAGCUACCAACUGACUCCGACAAACAUACGGGCUACUAUCUGAGACAUUCCAAGCCAUCCACCA